GUUAAGCUCUUCCACCCAGUCGUCCUUCUUUGCACUAAUAGAAACAUCGCCGGAGUUGGUAGAACUUAGAAGAAAUCAAAGCGACGAUGUCGUGGCAAACUUAUGUUGAUGACCAUCUGAUGUGUGACAUCGAUGGCUCUGGUAGUCAUCUGGCUAACGCUGCGAUUAUCGGUCAUGAUGGCAGCGUUUGGGCUCAGAGCCCCGCUUUCCCUCAGUUUAAGCCGGAAGAAAUUACUGGCAUUAUGAAUGACUUUGAAGAACCUGGAACACUUGCUCCAACUGGCUUAUACCUUGGUGGCACAAAGUAUAUGGUGAUUCAAGGUGAAGCUGGGGCUGUCAUCAGAGGAAAGAAGGGUUCUGGUGGUAUUACCAUAAAGAAAACCACUAUGGCUUUGAUCCUUGGAAUUUAUGAGGAGCCAGUCACUCCCGGUCAGUGCAACAUGAUUGUUGAGAGGCUUGGUGAUUAUCUCAUUGAUCAGGGUCUUUAGUUGAUUUGCAGAGAAACAUUACAUAGUUUGAGGUCAUGGAGCUGUGUGUUGGGACAAAGGUAUUUGAGACUUGGAAGUGAUACAUAAUGAAUGAUAUCUUCCCUAUUUUUAUCUGUUUCUGGCUGUAUUUCAGUGUGGAAGGUAUUGAGAUUAUUUUCGAGUGAGAAUGUGGGCUUACCCAUCUAUCUAUGAAAGCUGUCUAUUGAGGUUUUUUCGUUGUUUGUUCUAGUGGAUGUAUAAGAUUGACCCUUCUCAUGUUUAUUCUGUGUGUAUGCCCCCCUUGAAUUCAAGUUCAGUAGUUAUUGUUGCUUGGUG